UUGCUGCGGUGACGUCGCACGGGUCGCGUCGCUGCGCGCACGGCGCGACAUGGCGGCGGCGGCGGCGCUGGAGGGCCGCGUUUGACUCUGAGCUCGUGGUGGUGGUGGUCGUGGUGGUGGUCGUGGUGGUUGUGGUGGUGCACGGAGGCCCUUUGGUGAGGAGGUGGGGAGGUGUGGGUCCCACCGCGGUGGGGGACGAGACAGCGACACCGAGCCGGAGAGAGCGAGAAGACAACCACAGGCACCGCGAGUUUCUACACAGACACACACACGGGGAGCAAUGGGGGCCAACCAGAGCUCGGACGCCGAGGCGGGUCCGUUCGCCGGCGCUGAGGGCCCUGGAGCCCGAGGUUCGGGGCCCGCGACCCCCACGACGGCGGCGGCAGCGGCAGCGGCCGCGGCCUCCGCCUCGUACCGAGCUGGCGUCGUCGCCGCCGCCGCCUCGAGUCGCGGGUCCGCGGGGCUGAGGGAGCGGGAGCGGGAGAGGGAGCGGGCCCUGGGGGGAGUCCCCGGGAGACGUUCGCCGGCCUCGUCUCGCGGCUCGGGCGACUCGGAGGGGAGCAGCCCCGACGAGGGCGACGCGCCGGCGUCAGCGGCGGCGGCGGCGGCGGCGGCGUCAGCGGCGGGAGGCAUCCUGGGCCUGGCGGGGAUACCGCGCUCCCUGCCCGUGCGCUUCGCCCCGCACCUCUUCGGCGGGCUCAAGUGCCCUAUCUGCUCCAAGUUCGUGCCGUCCGAUGAGGUGGAGGUUCACCUGGUAAUGUGUCUCACCAAGCCUCGCGUCUCCUACAACGAGGACGUACUGACGAAAGAUGCUGGCGAAUGUGCCAUCUGCCUGGAUGAGAUGGAUCAAGGAGACACAAUUGCGCGGCUGCCCUGCCUCUGUAUUUAUCAUAAGGGAUGUAUUGACUCGUGGUUUAAAGUGAACCGCUCCUGUCCUGAGCACCCGCCUGACUAACAUGACUAGACCCGCCCAGAAAGUGGCGGCCUGAUCACCACCAGCCCACGUGCCGCGGGGAGAGCGACCUGAGAGCAAUCAAACGAGAGGCUUUUGAUUUUUUUCUGAGUAUUUUGCUCCCCCACCCACCCUCCAUCACGACUUGAGCCUUAACCGCGCACUUUACCUCCGCCCUCCCGCCCGCUCUCUACGGCGGGGUCGAGGCGGGGAGCACGAAGGCGGGUGGCAGAACCCCCCCCUCCCAAUCCCUCCACUUCUCCCCAAUCAAAACCACGACUACCUUAAACCCCCCCCCCAGCCCCCAGUCCCAAUGUGUCCCGUGUUGCGGUUGGAAAUGACACGUGUGCUCUAUUUGCCCCGUACGGCUGUUGCUGGUGCAUCACUGACAGCGACAUAUACUGAACUGCCCCCUGUAAUUUAUUAUCCAUCGAGCUUUCAUACCGAUACGGGCCCGAUUUUAUCGAGAGGCAGUGUGAUGAGCAACCGACAUAUAGGAUGGGUGCUCCCGUCAGCGUGUGUGCUAGCGAGCAAGCCCCGGUCGCGUUCCUGUCGUGUCAUGUGGAGACAAUUGUCCGUUAUCGAAAUAUUUAGCGAAAUGGCAGAAAAUGUAAAAGCUGUCCGAGGUGUCCUUGUGGCCAAAUUUUUGAACUUUAAAAUGUAAAGUAUGUUGUUUUUGAAGCGGGAAUCUGUUUCCAGUCUUUGAAAGUAUGACGCCCGUUGUAGAUACAGAAGCUGAAUUUAUAGUCUGUGUCAAGAUUUCCUGACCAUAAUCAGAAUAUAAGGGAUUGAGGCAAAACAAUUAUAAACUAUAAGUAAAUUGAUUUCAAGUUUGUGCUUUGAUCUAUCAAGGUAAAGAGCUGUUGAACCAAACAACGUCGUCGCGAAUGCAUUUUUUUCCCGAACGUCAUUUCCAUCCCUUGGAUAUUUUCUAAACAUUUCCUGAAGCUGGUGGUGUUUUUAACUUUUAGUUUCACAUUUUCUUCAACAAUGAUGUGGCUUCGCUUAAAUAUCCUUGUCCAUUGCACGCCGGAGAAGAAACAACCAUGCAGGAAUUAGGCCAAAACUGUAAUUCGGGAGAUGAUUUAUCUCCAUUUACCCUUCCAUGUGUGAAGAAUAAAUACAUACGUUGCACCAUCCAAUAUAUAAUGAACCGGAAAAAAAUAUAUAUAUUUCCUAACACAUUAUUUUUGAGAGCAUUUACAGAAAUAAAAUUGCCACAUUACAGAAGGAAAGUGCACUCAGUGACAUGGGGCUGUGCCUUUUAAAGUGUCGCGUUGCUCCGUGCGCUAAUUCGCACUGUAAAAAUUCCCAGUGAGGCUUUCUUUUCUCUCUAUUUAAUUAAAACGCAAUCGAAUUGAUAACACACUCCUAUUUAGAUGCUUGAAAUUUUUGCCGCGUUUGACCUCCUUGAAAUAUCUGCCACACAGGAACAAAUUUUAUUUCACGUGAACAGAAUGUUUAUCGUUUUUUUUCCAGCCUGUAACAUUUUCAUUUUUGGUUUCUAAACUUUUGUGUUUGCUUGGAGACGAGACGGGAGUGUUGCUUGUAGGUGAAUUCUGCGUCGCAGUCGUGUAAGCAUUGCUCUUUACGCAUGGUCCGACAGGUCUGGCGAUCGUAGAACUACCUCCGUUAAUGCUUUGUAAGAAAAAUAAGAGGCCUUUAUGUUUUAACAUUUCAAAUUGACACAUUAAAGCCACCUGCAGUAGGAAGCAUAUGCCCUAUACUGCUAGGAAUAGGUGCUCUGUAGAAUGGUGGGCAUUUGCACAGUUUAUCAAUCUUUUGCAUCACAGUACAAUGAAAUACGUCGAUUAAAUAAUUUGAAUCUAAACAGACAAACAAAAAAACUUGAUGUCACUUUGGAAGUUGUUUCUAAAACACUGAGAAGAGGGGGGAGGGGGGCGUUGGUGCCAGGGAUCGAUUUGCACACUUUACCACUAACCUUCUUAACAAAAAAAAAUUCCCCCCCAUAAUUUAACGUUUACAGAGACGCAAAUGCGACGUUAUCCGAGCGUGUGCGGCGGCGGGGUCGCGUUGUAUGUACGUGUAGCCAUUGUAUUAUUUAAGCCGUAAGUGGGAAAAAAAAACGUAAUCGGGGAAACACGGACGGAUGCGUUGGCCCUCACGCCAGGGGCCUUCUGCGUGAUUUUUGUACAGAGAAAAAAAAACGUGUCGGCCUAUUGAGUCCUCGCCUAGCACCGGGUAGUCCUGUGGUCUUGUGCGUCUUUAACAGAAUCCUCCCCCCCCCCUCCCUACAAACGGAAAGUGGUGUUUGUGUAUGUGGACUCGAGGCAGUUUGUAAGAAAACUUUUCACGCAAACAAAGGUUACAUGAGUUUGUUGUUGUUAUUGUUGGCGGAGAAAGUGGCGUGGUUGUUCAGGCGUAUUUUCAUUAAAUCCCCUCCACCUGAAUAGCUGGCGUUUCCAAAAUAUUAUCACGUACCUUUUUUAUAUUGCAAAUAUACACACACAUAUAUAUUUUAAAAAGUGUAGUUACAAUUUAAGGCAGUAGGGCAGGUGUGUCUUUUUAAAACUUUCAACUUGUGUUUUGUAGGAAAUGCAAUUGACACAUUAAUUUUCAUGACCAGAAACCCAGAUUUAAACAAAUUAAACGCAAACGUAGGCUGUCGAAAUAUAAACAAGAUCUAUUGCAUGUAACCGUGGAGUUUCAUGGAAAAUUUGUAGUGUGAGUGUAUAUAGUCGAACGUCUGGCCGAGUCUGUGCGAUGCCUGGUUAAGGCAGUCUGUGUGUCUUUGAAAUUUGGUGGCUCAUCAUUUUGUACAUGUCAAUAAAUAUAGCAAAAAUGCAUUAUA